AUGGCCACUCCAACGAAAGCCUCCACCACCGCCCACCGCACCCUCCUCUCCCUCCCCGCCUCUCUCCGCCCCACCAUCCUCGUAUCCGCCCAAGCACGACACCAAUCCACCAUCCAACCCAAAAAGCACCCCAAAACCGCCAUCUUCUUCCCCGGCCAAGGCGUCCAACGCGUAGGCAUGACCACCGACUGGCUCGAAGCCUUCCCGCGAACCGUCAAACCCAUCCUCGACCAAGUCGACGAAACCCUCGGCGUCUCCCUCUCCAAAAUCAUCGCCGAAGGACCCAAUGCGAACCUCAUGGCGACGGAAAACGCCCAACCGGCGAUCAUGGCGACAAGCAUAAUCAUCCUCCGCGUGUUGGAACAGGAGUUUGGCUUCAACCUGGCGGAUCGCAUCGAUGUCACACUGGGACACAGUCUAGGAGAAUUCGCAGCAUUGGUAGCAGGAGGCUACCUCCGCGAAGCAGACGCCCUCAAACUCGUCCGCCGCCGAGCAGAAGUCAUGGCGAAAUGUUCGAAAGACACCGGCGAAGAAGUCGGCAUGGUAGCCCUCGUCUGCGAAUCCGACCACCUCACACCCAUGGUGGAAGCAAUCCACUCCUUCCUAGGCCACCACUCCGAAGGCUCCAAGUCCGACUCCCACUCCGACAGCGACCUCCCCGCCGUGCAGCAAGUCCUCAUCGCCAACGUCAACUCGAAAAACCAAAUCGUGCUCUCGGGAAGCAUCAAACGCAUCAACGAACUCCUCACCCACCUUCGACAAUUCGGCGGGCACGAUCCCCGCGCUGUGCGACUCAAGUCCGACUCACCCUUCCACUCCCCGUUGAUGAAACCCGCGACGGAAAUGCUCAAGAAAAUGCUCGAUCAACCCUCCCCCACGGUUCCAGGAUCCGACAUCAUCAUGUGGCCCGGGGUGGUACCUUGUAUAAGUAAUGUCUCCGCCCGGCCGUUUGAGUCGAAACAAAACCUCAAAGACUUGCUGGCGAGGCAGUGCGUGGAGACGGUGCUGUGGCAUGAUAGUAUUGUGUAUUUGCAUCAGGAUGUGGGCGUGAAGAGGUGGGUGGGGAUUGGACCGGGGAAGGUGGGGAGGAAUUUGGUGGGGAAGGAGGUGGGGAUGAAGGGGAUUGGGAAGGGAGGUGGGGUUUGGGGGAUUGGUGGGCCGAGAGAGGUGGAGGGGAUUUUGAGGGAUUUGGACGCUACGGAACAUUUGGAGGAGGAGGGGUGA